UGAGGUGACAGUACACCAGUAGGAGACCAGUAUAAAGCUCCCAGUAUCUGAAAGGAAAAGUGGGAUUGUAGCAGUGUGACGUGAUCCUGUGCUGGAAAAGAGGAGGAGGGAGAAGUAGAGAGAGGAGGACGGCUGGACUCCAUUAAGCCUGAAGCCUCCACAGGAAAGCUGUUACUGGGAUACUUCACUUCUUCAGCGAGUUCUUCUGGGGGAUUUCUUUCUGUUUUUAUCGCCCUAAAAAACACUUUCUACAUGAUUUAAAGACGGGGAACUUGUUGUGUACUGUGUUAGUCGACUGUUUAACCUCUUUGUGAAGGAUGGCGCUGGACGGGAUCCGGAUGCCCGAUGGCUGCUACGCCGACGGGACGUGGGAGCUGAAGAUGCAUGUCACCGACCUCAAAAGGGACGUGUCGCUGAGGGUAACUGGAGAAAUCCACAUCGGAGGAGUCAUGCUCAAACUCGUGGAGAAAUUAGAUGUGAAGAAGGACUGGUCAGACCAUGCUCUGUGGUGGGAGAAGAAGAAGACAUGGCUGCUGAAAACCCACUGGACGCUGGACAAGUACGGCAUCCAGGCCGACGCCAGGCUGCUCUUCACGCCGCAGCACAAGCUGCUGCGCCUCCAGCUGCCCAACAUGAAGCACAUGAAGGUCAAGGUCAACUUCUCGGACCGCGUCUUCAAGGCCGUGUCCGACAUCUGCAAAACUUUCAAUAUCCGCCACCCAGAGGAGCUAUCUCUACUGCGUAAGCCCCGUGAUCCCAAGAAGAAGAAGAAAAAGUUGGAGGAGGCAGAGGAGGAUGAUCUGGAGCUGGAGGGUCCGCUGUUAACCCCUGGAUCAGCCUCUGAGGUAAUAUACAUCGGACCUGUCAAAGGGAGCAUCUACUCCAGUCCAGGCCUGUACAGUAAGACUAUGACCCCCACCUAUGACUCCAGAGACGGCAGCCCGCUGUCGCCCACCACUGCCUGGUUUGGGGACAGUCCCCUGUCUGAGGGCAACCCCAGCAUCCUCGCUGUCAGCCAGCCAAUCUCCUCACCAGACAUCCUGGUCAAACUCUACAAGCCCCAGUCCCUGUUGGACAAAGCCAAGAUCAACCAGGGGUGGUUGGACUCAUCCAGAUCUCUGAUGGAGCAGGAUGUAAAGGAGAAUGAGGUGCUGCUGCUGAGGUUUAAAUACCACAGUUUCUUUGACCUCAACCCUAAGUAUGAUGCCAUCCGGGUGAACCAGCUCUAUGAGCAGUCUAAGUGGGCCAUCCUGCUGGAGGAAAUUGAGUGCACGGAGGAGGAAAUGAUGAUGUUUGCUGCCCUGCAGUACCACAUCAACAAGCUGUCAAUCAUGUCUUCAGACAACCACAUGAAUAACAGCGAGAAGGAGGUGGAUGAGGUGGAUGCAGCCCUGUCAGACCUGGAAAUUACUUUGGAGGGAGGGAAGACGUCCAACACACUGGGUGACAUCACAUCUAUUCCUGAGCUAGCGGACUAUGUCAAAGUCUUCAAACCCAAGAAACUGACACUGAAGGGCUAUAAGCAGUACUGGUGCACAUUCAAGGAUAUCACAAUUUCCUGUUACAAGAGUAAAGAGGAGGCACACGGGACACCUGCUCUACAAAUGAAUCUUAGAGGUUGUGAGGUAACUCCAGAUGUUAACAUCUCAGGUCAGAAAUUCAACAUCAAGCUGCUAAUCCCCGUGGCGGAUGGCAUGAAUGAGAUCUGGCUUCGGUGUGACACGGAGAAACAGUACGCCCACUGGAUGGCCGCGUGUCGCUUGGCCUCCAAAGGGAAGACCAUGGCCGACAGCUCUUACAACCUGGAGGUCCAGAACAUCCUGUCCUUCCUCAAGAUGCAACACAUGAACCGUGACCCUCAGAUCAUUGAGCCGAUCACCACCGAUAUCAACCCAGAGUGCCUGGUGUCGCCUCGCUAUCUGAAGAAGUACAGGAACAAGCAGCCAGGCUCUAUCAGGGACUUGAUUUCAGCCCGGAUCCUUGAAGCCCACCAGAAUGUGGCCCAGAUGAGUCUCAUCGAGGCCAAGAUGCGCUUCAUCCAGGCGUGGCAGUCCCUGCCUGAGUUCGGAAUGACUCAUUUCCUCGCCAAGUUUCAGGGUGGGAAGCGGGAAGAGCUGAUCGGCAUCACUUACAACCGUUUGAUCCGGAUGGAUGCCCACACUGGGGAUGCUAUCAAGACCUGGCGCUUCAGCAACAUGAAACAGUGGAACGUCAACUGGGAGAUCAAGAUGGUGACGGUGGAAUUUGCGGACGAGCCCAGCCUGUCCUUCAUCUGUGCCGAGGUGGACUGCAAAGUGGUCCACGAGUUCAUCGGCGGCUACAUCUUCCUGUCCACGCGUGCCAAGGACCAGAACGAGUCUCUAGACGAGGAGAUGUUCUAUAAGCUGACCAGCGGCUGGGUCUGAGCAGCCCCGAAGCCACCAGGGGGCCAACGAUUGUAGGUCAGGGGCCAGGAGGGGAGUGGCUGGGGGGGUGUAUGGGGUUUAUUUUAUUCUACUAUUUCUCAGUCUGUUUAAUUGUUUGGAGGUUUGGAGCUGUGCUGAAUGAGUCCAGAACCGCUCUAAAAUUGCCAUGACUGACACCGUUUUUAUUGUUAUAGUUUUGUUGCUUUAACGCUGACAAUGUCAUUUGUUACAACACUAAUAUUGUGGUGAAAGCAGUCCAGAUGAACUUUUGAAGCUAAAACUCCUGCGGUUGAGCAGAAGCCUUACACAAACCUGAACCGGGAAACUGUUCUCCUCACGACCACCUGCCUCCUCCUCCUCCUCUCCUGGACUGAUGGCCAUCAACUUACGUCCAUGACAAACCCUUUAAAAACCAAUCAAACACCAGAUUUAAUCCCAAAGAAUCUUUUUUUUUUUUCCACUCUUUUCUCUCACUGCCUUUUUAUUCUCUCUUCUAGAGCUGGACUAAAGGAGCUGACAUCGAACUGUCAUUAAAAGCGUAUUGUAAUCGUAGCGCCACAGAUACCUACAGUUAUAUAUCGAAUUAUUUAUCCUAAAAAAGACGGACAGUCCAAUCACAAGGCCAUCUGUGAACAGCAGAUCGCAGCACUACAUGUCCAUCCUGUCCACUCUACGAAGGGUUUAAUCUCUUUGAAGUCACAUGUAAGCACUUGUACACUAUACAGUCCUGUUAAUGAAUAAGCUGUUGUUAAAUUUCCUUUUGCUUUUGAUGUCUUUGUUUCGGAGCUCGUGCAGUUGUCUCCUCUGGGUCGAGUCUCUCUAACGAAUUAUCAUUGUAUUAGCUGACGGGUGUGACAUUGAGAGCCUGAGUUUUGUAUUUAAUAGAAUGCUAAUAGAGAGCAUGUCUGAUAACACUACAGUUCAGAGCACUUGGUUGAGUGUCAUGUGGGUUUGAAAAUCUUUGAUUUAAAAAGAAAUGUCAUCUUAAAAAGUCAUUCAGUAUAUCUAAUGUUUCCUGAAAAUAAGUUUAAGCUAGAUUACUAUUGAUUAAGAAUCUGAAAAAUAUCUCAUCCCCUUUGUUUUUAAAACAUAUUUUGAAGACUUAACAUGAAGCUACAUGACUUUUCAAGAUGUUCAUUAUCUUUUCCCAACUUUAGGCGUUUUGAAGAAAAAGAUGUUUUCAUCUUCUGACCUGGCGUUCAAAAAUAAUAUGCCUAUAAAAGUGCAUUAAUAUUUUGCCAAACGUGCUGUUCUGACCACAGCUAUAAGUUGCUAAAUCUCAACAGCAUGUUGCCUCCAAAGAUUUGAAACCCCCUGACGUCUCAUUGCUACGUGCAUGUGCACUACGUAACAGGAGGUAUCCUUACUCCGUUGUAACACCUUUUAAUUGUAUUGCCAUUAUGUCUCUCACACCAUAUAGUAUUAUUAUUAUCAUUUUUAUCAUUACACACCAGCAAAAGGUCACAAAGUUUGAAGAAUGAAUAUGCAAAGUUUUCUUUUCUUCUGUCCUCAGUAUGAAGGAUCAGUAAAUGAAGUAUUAUUUUUUUGUAACUAAUGUAAAAACACAAACGUUUUAUAGAAUUGUACAGUUUUUUUCUGCUUUUUUGGGGGGUGGGGGGGGUUUGGAAGUUUUUCCUUUCAGAAACGAAGGGGGGAAGCCGCCAUCUGUCAACAUGUGUAUUAUUCAGAAUUGUGCCUGCUUAUGUUGUGUCCUUACUGAGUUUUCAGAUGAAGAUAAAUAUGAAUAUAUAUAUGAAGAUAACACUAGUCUCAAACUCCAGGUUUGAUUAAGAUAUUUGUCGAGUACAUAUUAUAAUUUUUUUUCUAAAUACGUAUGCCUUUUCAAUGUGCUCUUUCUUCUUGCAUUUCUCCUUCAUUUUAUUGAUUUUCCGCUUUCUCUUCUGUCCAUUUGUGGCCCCUGAGUUGUGUUUUUAGCUCCUUCUUUAGGCUGACAGUGAUACUUAAUUUUUGCUGCAAAUCUGAUUUGCUCAGCGCCUUUUUAAAAAUACUUCACUUAUUUGUCUGGUUUUUGUCACAACUGAAGUGUGCCAUUUAAUAAUGUCCAUAUGAAGGAGACCCACAUUGUUUAGACCCUGGAGUUUGAGACAAAACGGCAUAAGUGAACAGAGGUAAGAGAAAACCAAGCCUAGUCAGUUUUUAUUUUCUCUGAUGUUGUUUUUUGUUUGCCUCCAGUGUCAGGAGCAGCGGUGCAUGUCCUGCUGUUCUGUUUUCUGACUGUAAAAAAUGCAUUUAUUUUAAAAAAUAAAGUAAUUUUUAUUUAAAAA